AUGGCAACCAACUCUUCAGAUAAGAUAUAUAACCCAUCUGAUCAUCGACAAAGUUUGACCAAUUCCUCGGACCUUGAUGACCAUCUGCAGAGCUCUACCAGAUCCUCUGAAAUUUUUGAUCAUCAGCAAAGUUUUAGCAGUUCCUCAGAUUUUGGCAAUCAUCAUCAACAUUCUACCAGUUCCUUUCAUCCUUUCUCUUGUCCCCAAUGCGGUCAGUGUUUUUCUUGGCAGUCUGAAUUGGCCAUUCAUAGUAAAAUUCACUCAGGAGAGAAACAAUUUGAAUGCCCAGACUGCGGAAAGUGUUUUGGCAUUGAGGCCAGUCUGGUGAAUCACAUGAGGCUUCAUAAUGGUGACAGGCCGUUUGUCUGUGCUGAAUGUGGUAAAUGUUUCAACCGGCGAGGAACGCUGGUCCGUCACAUGCAGAGCCACACAGGCGAUAGACCAUUUGAGUGCUUGGAGUGUGAAAGGAAAUUCAGUCGGUGGUCUACACUUGUUUCCCAUUUCCAAGUUCAUACUGGAGAACGGCAUUCUGCGUCUUCUGAGUGUGGUAAGGGUUUCAAGAGUAAAACUAACUUCACCGUCCAUCUCAGGAGCCAUACAGGCCAAAAGCCAUUUGUUUGCUCCGAAUGUGGCAAAGGCUUUACCCGGAAAUCAGACUUGGAGAACCACGAGAGAGUCCACACGGGAGUCAAACCCUUUUCUUGCGCUGACUGCGGGAGAUGUUUCAGCCAGCGCACUAAUCUUGACCGCCAUCAAGCCGUCCAUAUGCAAGAUAAACCUUUUACCUGCUCAGUUUGUGGGAAAGGCUGUAAGUUGCGUUCAACGCUCAUGAUCCACCAAAGGAUGCACAUGCGGGAGCAACAAUUCUCCUGCUCCGACUGUGACGAAGUGUUCCCUGAUCUCUCCGGCCUUGUUGGACAUGUGACCCGCCAUGCAGGUGAGAAGCCGCACAUAUGCUUCGAGUGUGGAAAGUGCUUUGCCAAGAUGUCCCUUUUUAUCGUCCAUCAGAGAAAACACACUGGCGAGAAACCUUUUGUGUGUUCCGAAUGCGGGAAACGUUUCACACUGAAGUCAGUUCAGCACCGACAUGAGAAGAUCCACCAAGGGGAGCGGCCUUUCCCCUGCAUCCAGUGCAAUAAGAGGUUCAGCAGGAAGACCCAUCUUACCAGACACCAGAGGACACACCGCAAUUAA